GAUGCUCCUCCUCCUCCUCCACCUCCGCCUCCCUCUCUCCUCUCGGUGCCUGUGAUUCCCCAGAAAAGCUGCACCACCACUUUCCCACCAAGACAAGAGCCUGCUUGUGUCGGCGGAAAAACAACCAACAUGGCAGACGUCGCCGUCCAACCUGACGGGAGAAGCGGCGGGAUUGUGAUUGAGGAUGACUGGCCGGGCUACAGUUUAGACCUCUUCAGCUACCCGGCUCACUACUCCGGAGAUCUAGACUGCGUGUUCAUCCCUCAUGGCGUCAUUAUGGACAGGACGGAGCGUCUGGCCCGAAACAUCAUGGACGACCUGGGGGACCAUGACAUCGUGGUGCUGUGCGUGCUGAAAGGAGGCUACCAGUUCUGUGCCGACCUGGUGGACAGGAUCAAGGCUCUGAGCCGCAACUCCAACCGCACGAUCCCCAUGAGGGUCCACUUCAUCCGUCUCAAGAGCUACCUGAACGACCAGUCGACGGAGGAUCUCCACAUACUCGGAGCGGAGGAUUUAUCUUUUUUAGCUGGAAAGAACGUACUGAUUGUGGAGGCUAUUGUUGGCACCGGAAAGACAAUGAAGACUCUACUGAAGCAUGUCGAAGCCUUCGGGCCCAAAAUGAUCAAAGUAGCAGGACUGCUGGUGAAGAGGGUACCUCAUAACUGGGCAUGCCUCCCUGAUUAUGUUGGCUUUGAGAUACCCAAUCGCUUUGUGGUUGGCUAUGCCUUAGACUACAAUGAGUAUUUUAGAGACCUAAAUCAUAUCUGUGUGAUCAGUGAAAAUGGGAAGAUGAAAUACAAGAUUUAAAGAAAAAAAAAAAAUCCCCACAGGAUUGCGAAAGAGGUGACUGUUACACAGAUGUCAUCUGACGGAAAGCCUGAACAUUUUCCCCGAGAUGCCGUUCACUUACAGCUGCUAUCGUGACAUUUAAUCCCAAGCAUCUCCUGUUUUGUUACGACAUUCCUUUCUAUGAAACGUUGAUCUGUUUCUAACAAUAGGAACUGACAUUAAACUGUUAAUUUUUAGCCAGCGCCAUCGUUUUGAAGUUGUAAUCUUACUUACAGAUCUAAUUCACUUGGAAGAGGUCUCAUGCGUCUGUUGGUGGUUUGACUCUAACUCAUACACCGUCUCAGUUUUACUUCCUCUUUUAUGCAACGUUGAUAACUUGAUAAUCAUGACCUGUAUGAAUGUGAUUUUUAAGUCAGUCUGUGAUGAGGGAGCAACUAAAAGGGAGCUGUUUUUUUGUUUAUUAAAUUAGUGUUAGAAGUUUA